CAAUAGAGAGAGGAAAUUAGGCAGAUAGAGAAAUAAAGGAGAGAAGCCAAAGCAAAAUCCACCAUUGUUCCCUACUGAGAGAGGAGAGUUGAAACACUCCCUCUCAACACAAUCGUUUGAAGAAAACGUCGGAUUAAACUGAUUGAAUUGAGAGGAAAAUCAUGUUGAGACUGUGGAAAUGGUACCAGAAUUGUUUAGCGACGCAUCCAGUAAAAACGCAGGUGAUUAGCUCCGGCUUCAUUUGGGGGUUGGGCGAUAUUGGAGCUCAAGCCGUCACGCACUCCACCAUCAAGCCGCAAAAGCAUGAUGAACAUAAAGAAUUAAAGAUCAAUUGGAGACGAGUGGCCACCACAACCAUGUUUGGUCUUGGAUUUGUUGGUCCAGUUGGUCACUACUGGUAUCAAGGGCUGGACCGCAUCAUUAGGGUGCGGCUAAAGCUACAGCCAAAUUCUUUCCGUUUUGUCGCUUCAAAAGUAGCAGCUGAUGGUAUAAUCUUUGGGCCCUUGGAUUUACUCGUGUUCUUCACUUACAUGAGCUAUUCCUCGGGCAAAAGUACUGCUCAGGUUAAAGAAGAUGUCAAGAGAGAUUUUCUCCCAGCUUUGAUUUUGGAGGGAGCAAUAUGGCCAGCUGUUCAGGUUGCCAACUUCCGAUUUGUCCCUGUUCAUAACCAACUUCUUUAUGUCAACCUAUUCUGUUUGCUGGAUAGCUGCUUCCUUUCGUGGAUUGAGCAACAACAAGACGCCCCUUGGAAGCGAUGGUUGAAAUCUAGUAUCUCAUUCAAGGAAGAGGGUCAAGGCGGCUGAAUUCUUUUGUCCCUUCUUAUAGCUUCUCAUUGGGUUUUCUGAUAAGCACCAUUUUUGUCAGUGGAAAAUCGAGCAUUGAGCCAAGCUUUAAGAACACCUUUUAAUGGUGGCUCGUAUAGUUGAAGUGGGCAUCCAUGAAAAAGAUUGUUCCCUCCAACAAGAUGACCGACAAGUUCUCUCUCUUUUCUUGUUUAU